UACUUUCUCCUAAAAAUAAUUUGUCAUUAUUAAUUUUUUUUAUUUACAGAAAAUACUUUUUAAAAUAAAUUACGCAUGCGUGAGUAUUAAAAAAAGCGUAAAUGUUGCGCGCGCUUCAGAUAUUAUUAAUCCCCUUGAAAAAAAGCAUCCCCCCAUAGCCGUCUCUUCCGGUGGUUAGUUCGCAGUUGGUUGCUUUCGACGUUUACCAGCCUCAGUCCCUUCAGUCUUAAAUUUGGUCUUCAUCCUGACACUAGUCCACUGCAAUCACAAUAAUUUUUAUACUUUUUUACUGUGACGAAAAAAAUUAACAGCUGGUAUAGAGAAGAGCUAUGAGUCAAGAUCAAGAAAAAGACGCAAGCAUGGAUAAAAAAGAAAUAGCUGAAGAGGAGCGAGAAAAAAUGUUGAAUGAAGAAAAUACAAAACAUACGGGAUCAACGCCAGCUACUGAUGAAACUGAAGAGAAGCCAAAGAAAAAAAUUCCCAUUGGUGGAAUAAAGAUGCCUGGGUUUUGUCGAACUAAGAGCAAAGAGCCAUGCAAGGAGGAGGGAAAAGCUGAGACUACUGAAGAACCCGGCGCCGAGGGUACUAAGGAAGAAAACUUGACAGAGAAGCCGACCACCCCGUCAAAAGAAAAGGAGAAGGAAAAGGAAGCGAGACGGGGGUUAUUAAAUGCCAUUAGAUUGCCGCUUGUUUCGGUUUUCCCGAAGAAGAAGAAGGAAACUGAUGCAGAACUAGGCGCAACUGCCGGUUUAGCCAGCGUCGAGACCCUCGGAGACGGAGCGGAGAAGCCCGAGACCGAAGACGGCAUGGAAACCGUCCGCUUAGACGGCGGCGACGCCACCGAGGACCCGCCCUCCAAAAACCACCCCCUCGCCGUCUGGAUCGCGGUCGCGCGUCGCAACCGACUAGUCACCGGUGCCGUGCUCCUGAUUCUGCUGAUCACCAUCAUAAUAAUCAGCGUCGCCUGCGCGGGACCCCAGCAGCUCAUCAAAGCUCCCGUGAAAGACGGAAAAGUCGAAGCGACCACUUCCUGCGGCCCCGUUCAAGGCGUCCUCGAAGACGGCGGGUUCGCUUUCCGCGGAAUACCCUACGCUUUGCCUCCCGUGAACAACAAUCGCUGGAAACCCGCCGAGUCUCUCAACAGAAUCGAGUACUGCUGGAACGGAACUUACCUCGCCCACAAUUCUUCCGAGUUCUGCUGGCAACGCGACCCCUCAGGUCGAGUUUCCGGUUCCGAGGACUGCCUCUACCUCGAUGUCUUCACCCCCCAAGUCCACUACUACUCUCCCCUGCCAGUCGUCGUGAUGAUCGGUGCCGACACAAUGUCUGGUGGUUCUCCAGGUGUCAUGCAGCCAUCAGCAAAACUAGCCCGUGUUCGCGACAUGGUUUUCGUCCGUCCCAAUUUCCGUCUCGGAGUAUUCGGUUUCCUCGCCGCGGAGCCGCUCACUAGGUCCAGUUACCCCCCGACAUCCGGGAACUACGGUCUCUCAGACAUUAUCGCUGUCUUAAAAUGGGUCCAGCUGAACAUCCAGCACUUCGGUGGUGACAAAGACUCAGUAACCAUUUGGGGACAUCGUGCCGGGGGUACUUUGGUAUCAGCAAUCUUAGCAUCGCGUCAAGGCAAAGAGAAAGACAAUGACAAGAAAUUAUUUUCCCGCGCUUGGAUAUCCAGCAGCAGCGUUUUGUUCCCCACAAAACCACUUAAUGCCUCUGAAAGAAUGGCCGAGUCAUUCUUCAACAACAUCCAGUGCAGGGAAAUUUCUUGUCUUCGCAGUAAAUCAGCCGAGAGUAUAAUGGAGGCGGUGCCAUCAAACUGGUACCAGCAUGACACGGGACUACCUGAGCCUCGCGAGGCAUCUUCCGCUGAAUGGAGACACGAGUGGCUGGUGAACGACGGACUGAUUAUCUACGAGGACAUUCUCCACGUUCUGCAACGCGACGGGCCUCCGGUUUUGACGGUAAUGGGAACUACUGCGCACGCGGCGACACCAGAGAGAUUCCGGAAGUCAAACGCUACCAUAGAACCCACCCAGGUCGAGAGAAUCGUCCGCGAUUCGUUGCUGGGAACCAGCGGUCUUGCUGACGAAGCCAUCGCGCGGUACAACGCGACGUUAAAAGGACUCGUGUCGAUGAUUUCUGACAUACGCGUGGUCUGCCCGCUUUGGAACUUCACUAAAUCGGUCAGCAAUGAAGACCGGGAUGUUCCAUUUUACUUGUCGACUCAGCCGAGAGGUCACCUGGCAGACGUUGACGGCGACGUCGCUUCGAUACUGGGAUCCUAUACUGCGAGAGCUCCGGAGCAGAAGAGACACGUGUCCGCGAUCCAGCAGCUUUUUAAUCAGUUUGUCUGGCAUGGAAAGAUCGUCGACGCGGCCAAUGUCCCCAAGUCACGGACUGUCAUUGUCGUGGGUCAGGACAUUCUGCCCCAGAGAGAUCACGACAAUUGUGACUUCUGGAUUAAGAAUAAUAUUGUACCCAGAUACGCGAGGUUGGAUUAAAUUUAAUCGUGUUUUGAUUUUUUUUUUAAAGAUAUGCUUGCGAUCACGGAAAUUUGCUACACGCAAUGUCUGGAGGCUAUGCACGAUGUAACGUGUGAUUGUGGAUAAAUUAUUGUAUAUUGAUAAUUGAUUAUUGAUUAUUGAUACGGAUUGAGGGAAAGAAAAAUCGGCGGGAGUUUUUAAAUUUGAAUCGCGGACUAGAGACGAGAGCGAGGACGAUUUGGUGAUUUUUUAUUAGGAAAUUCGGAAAAUUUUUGGAGGUCGAGUCUGGAGAUUUUUGGAUUUUGAACUGAUGGAUUUUUUUUUGUGAAUUUUCCGAGCUAGGAAUUUAAUGAGGAAAAUUUUAAUUUUUGACUUGGGAUUUUUUGAUGGGUGAUUUUGUAAAAUUUUUUAGAAUUGAGAUUUUUUGGGUUUUCCGGAUUUUCUUGGUGGAAUUUUCCUGAAGGAAAUGAAAAUUUCCCUGUCAUGUGGGUACUCAUUUUAAAGGAAAUUUUAUCUAGAAUAAGAAAACAAUACUCAUUUUGCAAAAAAAAAGUUUUUGAUGAAAAUUGAAAAUUUUCUUUUUAAAAAUUUUCCUGUCAUGUGGGUACUCAUUUUAGAGGAAAUUUUAUCUAGAAUGAGGACACAGUAUCCAUUUUGCAAAAAAAAAAAAUUUUUAUGAAAAUUGAAAAUUUUUUUUUUAGAAGGAAAUGAAAAAAUUUUUUUAAAAAUAAUUUUCCUUACAUGUGGGUACUCAUUUAAAAGGAAAUUAAAAAUUUUUCAUACUUUUUUAGUCCUCCCAAUUUUUUCUAAAAAAAAAUAAAAUCGGUCCUUGAAAGCCAGACAUCGAUUUAUUUAUUUAAAUUCACUGCCGAUUUAAAAAUAAAAACUGCUCACUUUUAUAAUUAAAUUUUAUAAAAAAUUUCCAUACCGAUAA